AUGCACACGGUGACUCGCUUUAGCUUCGUUAGCUUACUAUUUCAUCUUGUCACGUAUGUUCAUUCCCACGCAUACCUGUAUUGUGAUGAAGGGCAAGUUAUCUAUAUCUAUGGUGCUGACUAUGGACGUCGUGACAAAACUACAUGCGCUUCUGGCAGACCAUGGCUUCAAAUCCAAAAUGUCAACUGCUCUAACUCCACCACUAAAGUAGCCGAAAGCUGCAAUGGGAAGAACAGCUGUGAGAUCUUUGUCAGUGACCAAGUGUUAGGAGACCACUGUACAGGGACUGACAAGUACCUGGAGGUUGCUUACAUUUGUCAAUAUGCAGGGCCUCACAGUCACGGUCUGCAAGAGGGGCUGUGGGCUGCAGUGAGAGCCCUCUUGAUACUCAUGUCAAACUUGAUAAAAUUCACGAAGUCCUGA